AUGGAAGAUGCCAGAAUUAAAGCGUCUAAGAAGAAAUGCCAGGAAUAUCAUGAAGUCUAUUCGGAAAUUGCAGCUGUGACAUCAACAGCAGAUAUCGACGGUUCCUAUAAAACAUUUUCUGAAGCCUCCACCAUAGAAGGGAGCUUAUUAUCAACAAGUAGACACAUAGCCCCCCAGUACCCAACCCCUACUAGAAGAAGACAUCGCACGACUUUUAGUCAAGAGCAGCUGGAACAUUUGGAAACGGCAUUCAGCAAGAACCACUAUCCAGAUAUCUACUGCCGAGAGGAAUUAGCAAAAAUAACCAAACUUAAUGAAGCAAGAAUACAAGUAUGGUUUCAAAACCGGAGAGCAAAGCAUCGCAAGCAUGAAAGAACACACCAGAAGUCAUCAACCCCAAGUGGCACAUUAACGUGUAGUGGGUUGAUACCAGGCAUGUGCGCCAUGUCCUCACCAGCUCGUCAGUAUCAGUACUCUCACCCUCUCAACCAUAUCCCCCGCUUCACAUCGAUGGCAUCUACUGGCUAUCACCCACCUGCAGGUGUCGGUCAGUUCACUUGUACUGCCAAUCACCCCCAUUUAACAUCCGCUACUCCCCCAUCGCGCCAGCACGACGACUGGUACAAUUCUCUGAGGUCUAUCAAUUCUCCAAACGCUGGAUUGUCUUCCUCCAUGAUAACUUUAACUUCAAUGGCCGCACUAGACCCACCAACACAUUGGAACUAGGACAUUCGUUCAAUGGAAAAUUCAUCACAAGUUAUGACUUGACAAAUAAUAAUUCUGGACAUAAACAAAAUAAAAUGUAAAAAGAAUAAACUGGAUGCCAAAACGCUUAAGUAUUGUUCACAUGUUGCAAAA